AUGGGAGAGAUGAAUGAAACAAGAAUCGGAAGAAUGGAAGAAAUGAAUGAAACAAAGAGAGAAUUAAGACAACAGGAGCUGAAUCGAGAGAGAGAACUAAGACAACAGGAACAGAAAGGAGGCUGUGGAAUUGGUGAAAGUCUUGCUACAGGAGCUCUUACAGGAGCUGCUAUGGGAAGUUUUGGAGGACCUGUAGGGGCUGCGGUGGGGGCUACUAUAGGGCUACUACUAUGGGUCUGCUGCAGGAGCUGUUGCAUAUGGUCCAAAAAGUUGUUUAACUAA